ACUUCCGCUCACCGCCUCUAACCAGGAAGUCGUCGUGUUGCUUUUCCCCCUUCACCUCCUUCUCCUCUUCCUCCUUCACCUCCUCCUCCUCCUCCUCCUGCUGCUCCUCUUCCUCCUGCAGCUCUGCCAGGAACCAGACUCACUAACCGGGGGGCCGGGAAGUUUCUCCCAAGUCGGUUAAAAAAACUACCGGGGUUCAGUUUCUCACCGGCUCCGCCCGCGGCCUCGGUCUGUGCCGCUAAACUUUGCCCGGUUGUCAUCGACGGAGCGGCGGCGCCUGAAGUGUCCCCGGGACGGAGAAGUGUCCCCAGGACGGAGAAGUGUCCCCGGAGUCACGGGGGAGAGUCUCACGCGGUCUGUGAUGGAAGAGGAUAUUGAAAAUUGAAGAUCUGCCAGAAUCACAAUUCCCUCCAAGAUGAAUCCUGCCCCUCGUCAUAUUUCAUCCAGCUGCACAUUCACCGACACCGUCUUGUGUCUGCACAACUUCAGUAACCGUCAAGGUGUGACUCCACAUCUCUGAUCAUGUGCUUGUGAUGAAACACUGGCUGCCCCUCCCAUAUCCCAUUCCUGUUGUCUGUGACAAAGACACGUCUCUCUAUUCAGACCUGUCCCUUCUUACCCCUCCUCCGGCUCUUCGAGUUCCUGGGCCAUGUUACGCAAGAGAGGCUCCCUCAUACUAUGUGGUGCAUUCCUGUUUAUCACCUGGAAUGCCAUAGUGGUACUUCUGCUGCGGGGCAGACCCGUGCCGGGCCUGUCGGGCGUGCCGACCCAAGAGCAGGGGGAAGUGGCUCACAGGCCUUCCAUUGAUGUGAUGGGAGAUGUGCUCCGUAUGGCCGACGUGUUCGAGGCUGAGCUGGAACUGCAGAAGAAGAUCCUGAUCCAGAUCAAGAGUCAGCAGUCACUGUGGGAGCCGUCGAUGAGAAACAAACAGAAGGUCGUAGCCGCCCCCGAGCCCGUCAUUCCUAUCCUGGUGAUCGCCUGUAACAGAGUCACCGUGAGACGCUGCUUGGACAAACUCCUGCAGCACCGUCCCUCAGCAGAGCUUUACCCAAUCAUAGUGAGUCAAGACUGUGGACACGCCGAGACUGCCGAGGUGAUUCGUUCUUAUGGAGAUAAAGUUACUCAUCUAAAACAGCCGGACUUGUCAAACGUCGCUUUGCGGCCAGAGCACAAGAAGUUUCAGGGUUACUAUAAAAUCUCCAGGCAUUACCGCUGGGCUCUCAACCAAGUGUUCAAGACCCUUUCUCAUUCCUCUGUUGUCAUUGUGGAGGAUGAUUUGGAGGUGGCACCAGACUUCUUCGAGUACUUCCGCUCCAUGCUGCCACUCUUGAAAUCCGAUCCGAGUCUGUGGUGUGUGUCAGCCUGGAAUGACAAUGGCAGGGACGGCUACGUGGAUCCCGGGAAGGCUGCUGUGCUCCAUCGGACCGACUUCUUCCCUGGUCUGGGGUGGAUGCUCCUCAGGGAGGUGUGGGAGGAGCUGGAGCCGAAGUGGCCUGCUUCGUUCUGGGACGACUGGAUGCGUCAGCCAGAGCAGCGCCGCAACCGUGCCUGUAUCCGCCCAGAAAUCUCACGUACUUUAACGUUUGGCCGUCAAGGUGUGAGUCUGGGUCAGUUUUAUGACAAGUACCUGCGCUACAUUAAACUGAAUGCCGAAUUUGUGCCUUUUACAAAGUUAGACCUGAGCUACUUGAAGGAGGAGACGUACAGAAUCCACUUUGAGAAUGAAGUUUACACUGCUCCUGUGGUUACUUAUGAAGACGUAAAGCAGGGGCAGCUGAAAGGAGCGGGGCCGUUCCGCCUUCAGUACUCAAGUAAGGACAGUUUCAAAGUAAUGGCCAAAAACCUGGGCAUCAUGGAUGACUUGAAGUCUGGAGUCCCAAGAACAGGAUACAGAGGAGUCGUCAGUUUCAUCUCCAGAGGGAGGAGAAUCUACUUGGCUCCUCCUCCAGGAUGGACGCAGUAUGAUCCCACCUGGAGCUGAUAAACCAGGAGGAAGCCUGUGUGCAGUAACCAUUUUGUAAUCUCCACAACACGCUUCAGACCUGGUGUUAACAUCCGUCCUGAGUGAUCCGAUCUAAGUGGAGAGGUGCAUGCAGCACAUUGAUUCACUCAUAUCGUCCUGACUCUGCUCUCACACAUACGGGAACUCACCAGCUAAAAAUAUCAUUUUGUCUUCACAAAAGACAAAUGAGGUUCGUGUUCAUUUGCGUACAGAGCAGGAAAGUGAGCUUCGAUCACAAACGCAUUUGAACUCGGAGCUGUCCUCUUGUGAUUCAGUCUUUUAGGUCGGAUGUUAACACCAGGUCUGAACGAGGCCUUAAUGUCAGAUGGGGAGAGCGUUCCAGACCAAAGAGUGACGUCCCGGAGCUUUCUCUUGAACGAUGUAUAUACUCUGGUUCAUUGUUCGUGAAGUUGCAGAGUGGUUUGUCCCUCUGUCUGGUGAAGGGAUCAUUGCCAAUUCUACUCAGGUCUUUUUCAUUCCUCUAAACACUUCGUACAGUGUAGGAUUCAGCCUAAACAGUUUGUUAGCCACAACUGCUGUAAUUCACCAGAGAUAUAUUUUUAUACAAUGCUAAAUGUGCACAUGACAUUCAGUAAUGCAUUCAAUGCAAUUACCUAAUUUGCCACUUUUUGCUUGAAAUAUUUGUAAUUCCUGGUAGCCUAUUUGAACUGUUUAUGUCUGGUACAAUUAUAAACUCAGAAUCUGUGGUAUGGUUGUUUAUGGUGUUGGUGACUGGUCAUAACUGCAUUAUAACCCGUUGUUAGAUUGUUUUUGUCUUUUAUGAAAAUCAGUUCUUCCGGCUUACAUUUGAUUUCAAGUAUUUUUUUUAAAAAAUGAUUCUUUGUUUUAUUUCUUGAAACCUUGAUAAUUUUUAAACUGCAAUAUUUCUGUGUUUGUAUAUUUUUUUGGAAUUAAAUAAUCAGUAAAUAAUGUUGGCUUUUAAUUUAAGUUUUAUAGACAAGAUUACUGUGUUUCCAGUUCAUAUUAUGUAAUGUGCUAAAAAUAUCAUUUCAGGGAGUCGGGUGAGGAGACAAACACUUCAGUAACAAACCCUCCUGCAAACAGACACGACAAUUACUUUCUUCAAAUGCCAAUUCAUUUGCUUGAUAAUUUACUUUGUAUGCCACUAUUUAAAAAAAACAGGCAUGUGCAGAAGUUCAGGCUCUGAGUGUAAAGUAACUCCAUCUCCUUUGCCGACUGUUGAGCACGGAGGAGGAGAUAUUCUGGUUUGGCGUUGUGGUACAGCACGUAUCACAGCGUGCAGCUUGCAGUAGAGUCUGUAUAUUCUUGAUGUAGGACCCCCCCCCCCACACUCUUCCCUGCACAUCAAUUUAAGUUCUGAGAUAUUUGAGGCUGACUUGCAGAUCUUGUAGAAGCGACCUUCUUUUCAUUUUCUGAUGAUUGACUGACUCCUGCAUCCAGAAUUUGAAAUUGGCAAACUGGAGGAAGUCGCCAUCGGCACAUGUUUGUGGAAUAAAAAGUAACGAGGGCAUUAACAUGUGAAGAGACGUUCUGUUUUC